AUGGUCCAUCCAAACCGAGUACAACGACAAUCUUACAUUCUCAACUCUUUCAGAAAUCUCUCCAAGGACCAGAUGAAGAAAAGUCUUAGUAGCGUCAGUUCGGAUCAUCGUACUAAGAGUUAUUUGGAAUAUCGAGGUGUGACCGAUAGUGAUAGGAGUCAUUUAGAUUAUCGGGGUAUGAGCGACAGUGAUAGGAGUCAUGUAAAAUAUCGGGGUCGGGGUAUGACCAAUAGUGACGAAGAACGAUACAGUGAACAAGUUAUCGAAUCUCCACCUUCUUUCCAAAGUCGUAUUACUCAUACAUCCCCUUCACAAUCAGAUACCUCUAUAGGUUUACCUCAAUUAUCUCUUAGUAUGAAACAUACAUCUUCCGAGGAAAAAGAAACGUCCGGUGAAGUGAAUAGACCAUUGAAGAAAUUCAGAUGGUCUUCUUUACCUUCUAUGACCACCGAAGAGAAUCUUCUCUUUCCGAUUCACAAGACCCAUCAGAUGGUUCAAGACGAAACUCAACCUUCUCAAGAUAAUCUGGGAGGUUGGUACGAUCAAGACAAGCUCCACCUCAUUCAAAGGGGUGUGGGAGAGUGGGAUAGGGAGCAUGAAAACUUACAUUUGCCGAACGAUGGUAGUGGUGUGGAUAAGUGGGAGAAAAGGGAAUUGGUCGAAAUGGACCUCGAUUGUUAUAUUCCGCAACUCGAACAUGUUCUCUCACCCGGACCAAGUAAAGUUAUUACUACUCAUAAUGAAGGGAAGGGAGAUGAGGGUAAAUUGAACUUGGAUUUUGAUACGAAUACGAACACGAAGACUAAUAACUGGUUAGGCAAGACCAGGAUGAAAACCGAGCCAAACAACAAAAACAAGUCGAAAUCCAAGAAAAAUCUCAAGAAAGUUGGAAAACGUCAUUCUUCACUUUCAUCCCUUUAUCAACCUUACUAA